CAUCAUCAGGCUUCACCAUUUUCUGGCUACGGUGGAGGCCAGGGGUUCCCAAAUGUUUUACAGUCACGUACCCCUUCAGACAUUGGACCUGAGGCCAUUUAGUUAAGAGCCGGUGGAUACAUUGAAUGUGGACUGUCUACAAUCCUUGCUCAAAAGCAUGUACGUUUCCUGCAGUACUGCAUAUGAACACACGAUGGGGACACACACCCGACUAAAGCUGGUUUCAACUGUCACGUGACAAAACAGGAAGUAAGAGACGAGCCAUGUCUGGCUGUACGACAACACAAGAAGCAGGCAUUUAAUGUGGCAAAGUCGAUCUAAAGUAGGCAUGGAGGAUGAUGAACUUCCGCCAGCGGAUGGGAUGGCUGGGCAUGGCGCUUUACUUGCUUACGAGCCUUCUUGCCGUCUAUUACGUCUUUGACGUCCAGCGUUUCCGGUUGGAGCACGUGCAGAGUGCCGAGAUCCGGCCGUCCUCUCCGCCCAGUCAAAGCAUCCAUGCUCGCUUAGUAGCACUUCCUGUGUGGAUCUGGGUGGCGGCCAUCUUGCUCCCCUACGUGCAACUUUUCCUCUUCCUCUUCUCCUGCACGAGGGCAAACCCUCGCGCCAUCGGAUACUGCGUCCUACCCAUCUGCCUCUCGCUGCUCUGCAAGCCACCCAAUCACAGCAGCCCGCCGCUGAUUGACACGUGACUGGACCCCACUGGAACACCAGUAUGGACACUUUAUUAGACGUUUCGUGUCACGUGACAGGAGAUGUUUUGUCAGACACCAUUAAAGGAUCUCAGAGGAGCAGUGAGACCUAGCUUGAGGGGAGACCAGUUUGGUCUUACCUAAUCACGCUGGAAUUGAUUAAGACUCUUCUGAUUUAAUUUGAUGAUCUUCUGUGUUGAAUUUUAAUGUAAUCUGUCAAAUAAAAUGAGGAUAAAAGACAGUUA